GAUAUUAUCUCAAGUGAUACAUCAAUUCAACAGUAUAAAAGUACCUAAUGUACUGAUGUACCGAAGUAAUGGUACUAAGAAUGAUUAAAAAAGUGGUAUUUGUAUUAGUUGUUUCUUCAAUUGCUGUAGACGGAAAAGCAAUUAGAAAUGACGAUAAAGAUAAAGUCGGGUGUGUGGUAUGCCAUCCUUUAGAUGAAAAUAAAAUAAAUAUCCAUCUCAUACCACAUUCUCACGAUGACGUAGGAUGGCUGAAAACAGUUGAUGAAUAUUUUUAUGGAUUAAAUACUGAGGCAGUAGGACGUACCAUAUCUGUUCACAAUAUUAUUAGUUCCGUGGUACAGGAGUUGUUACGAAAUCCAGACAGAAGGUUUAUUCAAGUUGAGACAUCAUUUUUCUACAAAUGGUGGCAGGAACAAGACGAAUAUAUGAGAUCAUCGUUUAAGUAUCUUGUGGAUAACGGUCAAAUUGAAAUUGCGAGCGCUGGAUGGGCAAUGAACGAUGAAGCGUGUACAAACUAUCAAUCAACUAUCGAUCAAUUUACAUUGGGGUUAAGGAAAAUUGAAGAAACGGUUGGGAAAUGCGGUAGACCAGUUGUCGGAUGGCAAAUAGAUCCUUUUGGUCACAGCAGAGAACACGCUUCGAUUUUAGUCCAACUUGGAUACAGUGCUUUAUUUUUUGCUAGGCUAGAUCGAGAAGAUUUCAAGAAAAGAUGUUCUGAACAUAAUUUAGAUUUCGUUUGGAAAAGCAGUGACAGUUUAGAUGACUCCAACAUUUUUGGAAGUAUUUUUCCUGAUUAUUCAUACAACAAUCCAACGAAUUUCUGCUGGGAUAUUGCGUGUGGGGACGAUCAGAUUGUUGAUAACCCGGAUAGCGUCUUAUAUAAUAUAAAUCAAAAGGUUGAAGAGUUCACUACAGUUUUAGACAAAUAUGCUUCCUAUUACGACAAAAACAUUAAAAACAUUUUGGUUACUAUGGGUGGUGAUUUCCUUUAUCAAUCUGCUGGUUUUAAUUAUGAAAAUAUGGACAAACUGAUAAGAGGUUUCAAGAAUCAUACCAAAUAUAAUCUGGUUUAUUCGACGCCAUCUUGUUAUAUGAAAGCCGUACAUGACACCAACCCGAGUCUUCAAUUGAAAACUGACGAUUUUUUUCCAUACAGCGAUUAUCCACAUGCUUUUUGGGGAGGUUAUUUCACAUCUAGACCAAAUAUAAAACGAUUCGAGAGAGCUGGGCACAACAUAUUACAAGCAACAAAACAAUUAUAUGCUUUUAAUAAAGAUAGAAUAGAUGAUAGACAAAUAUACGAUCUCAAAUAUGCAAUGGGUAUCUUACAACAUCAUGAUGCUAUAACUGGUACAGAGAGACAAACAGUUACUGAUGAUUAUGUUAGGAUAUUAACAGCUGCUAUUAGAAAAGCUGAAGAUCCUGUUGGAGAAAUUGUGAGCAAUCUUCUAAAUGCAAAAAACAACGUGAAGUUAGAUCUUUCAUCAUGUCUAUUGACCAAUUUCAGUAUAUGUAGUACUUCUCAAAACAAUGAUAGGUUUGUAGUUGCUGUCUAUAAUCCUUUAGCUUGGAAAACUACACAUUACCUAAGACUUCCUGUUGAAGGUGGACAGUAUCUCGUCAACGGACCAGAUGGACAAGAACCUUACGAUGUAAUAGAGUCGCUCAGUACCUUCGAUUUUGUUGACAUAAAAGGAGAAAAACCAAGUUCGCACGAAUUGAUUUUUGCUGCCAAAGACGUUCCAGCGAUGGGUUUGAAAUUAUACCACAUCGAAAAAAUUUCAAGUACAUCAACAAACAGUCGAGAAACAAAUAAACAAUUAUCGGGUGUCUUCGAAAUAGACGAAAAUAGCAAUCUUUUGAAAAGAGUCACAUUGAAUAACAUCACUUUGGAUGUUAAUCAAAAUUUUUAUUUUUAUAAGAGUGCCAGUGAUUUUGACUCUAGUUCAGGAGCUUACUUAUUUAGACCAGCAUCUAGUACACCUACACCAUUCUCACCUGCACACUUAAUGAGAGUUUUUACGGGAAACCUUGUUGAAGAAAUUCACCAAAAGUGGGAAAAUGAAAAUGCAGAUAUCUAUCAAAGUAUUAGAUAUUACAAAAACGAAAACUAUCUGGAAUUCAAUUGGUUGGUUGGGAAUAUCAAUAUUUAUAAUUCUAACAUGGGAAAAGAAGUGAUUAGCCGUUUUGAAAUAAGUAACUUUGAUAACAAAAAUAUAUUCUAUACUGAUUCUAACGGUAGACAAAUGAUGAAACGAAUAAAAGAUGAACGAUUUGAUUAUAAAUACAAUGUCACUGAAGAACCGAUUGCCAGUAAUUAUUACCCUGUUACUUCUAAGAUUGUUAUGAAAGACGAGGAGAAAAAUAUUCAAGUUACUCUUCUCAACGACAGAUCACAAGGUGGUUCGAGUUUAGACAAAAAUCAAUUUGAACUUAUGGUACACAGAAGAUUAACUAUGGAUGAUGAAAGAGGUGUAGGAGAAAUUCUUGAUGAAAGUGAAUUUUCCUUAUCAAUUGGAAUGUAUGCAAGAGGAUCUCAUUAUUUGAUGGUGGGUAAAACUCAAGGAGCUAACGAAAAUGGAAAAACGACAUCAGCAGAAGAGCGAAUAUUUGCUCAUAAGACGCUCUUACAACCGUUUGUGGGACUCUCCCCAACGGAUAUGACCUUUGAAGAACUGGAAAAACAGAUUGAUUUUCAGUAUUCAGCAUUGCAAGCAGAACUACCAGAAAAUAUUAACAUUUUAUCCUUUGAACAAUGGGUAGAUAACAGUUAUCUUCUAAGACUAGAACAUAUUCUAGAAAAAGAGGAAGAUCCUAAAUUAUCCAAAGAAGUCACCGUUAAUAUUAAGAAUUUAUUUAAAAAUAUUGCUAUAAGUGAAAUAACUGAAACCACAUUAGGAGCUAACGUACCAUUAAGUGAAUUUUCCAAAACGCCUAGAUUUGAAUGGAAUACUCUACCCAAAAUAACGUCUCAAUCUUCUACGUCAAAUAAACUUAUCGGAGAAGAUGGAUCCGUUACGCUCAAUCCAAUGGAAAUUAGAACAUUCAUUAUAUCCUAACCAAAUUAUUUAUUUCUACAUGUAAAUGUCUAUAUUUCUAAAGAAUAAAGUUAUUUCAUCAUU